AUGGAGACAAAAUUGGGAGGCAGCAGAGCAAAGGAGAUAACGGAGAGGUUGCCUUAUGAUGGAGCUAUCCAUACGGAAACUAUCGGUCUUUCAGGAGGUCUAUGGUUGCUGUGGAAUGAUGAUAAAGUGGUGGUGGAGGAACUAGCUAAGACAGAGCAGGAAAUUCAUGUCGAAGUAAAGGUGCGUGCAUCUAAUUAUUCUUGGAUUUUCUCUGCCAUUUAUGCUAGCCCUAGAAAUGAAGAUAGAUGUGUCUUAUGGAAUAACCUCAUUAAGGUUGCUGAGCUUCACAAUAAACCUUGGGUCAUGGCUGGAGACUUUAAUGAACCUCUGGUAGAUGAAGAUAAAUUUGGAGGCAGUGGAGUCAGUGUUAACCAUUCCCUAGCCUUCAAAGACUGUCUUGAUGGGUGUAAUAUGGUUGAUAUGGGUUUUGCUGGUCCUAGGUACACCUGGACCAAUAAGAGAGAUGUUAAUAAUUUGAUUCUGGAGAGGAUAGAUAGAUAUUUUAUGAAUCCGGAUUGGUGUGUGCUGUAUCCGGAUGCGAAAGUUACCCAUCUCCCCCGCUGUCAUUCGGAUCAUUGCCCUGUGCUUAUGGAAGCCAUCCCUAAUUGUACCCAAGCUCCUAACAGGCCUUUUAGAUUCCAGGAAUUCUGGUUGUCUGAUCUGUCUUUUCCCAAUUUAGUUACAAAGGCGUGGAGUAGUGAUAGAAGCCUUGUGGAUGCCAUAGAUACUUUCUCUAAAGAGGCUACUGUGUGGAACAGGUCUCACUUUGGCAAUAUUCAUCACAGGAAAAGAAGAGUCUUGGCUAGAAUUUAUGGGGUCCAGAAAGCUCUAUCUAAUGUUCCUAGUUCCUUCCUAAUCAAUUUGGAGAAUCAUUUGCAGUUAGAGCUUGAGACUAUCAUUGACCAAGAGAGAGACCUUUGGAUGUUGAAAUCUAGGAUUAACUGGAUGGUUCAAGGGGACCGCAACACCUCCUUCUAUCAUAUUUCCGCUCUUGCUAGGAGGAAAAGAAACCAUAUAGCCUAG